CCACGACUCCACGACGCCCCGAGGCAAGUUUGACAGUCGCCACUUCUCGAGAAAAGAAAGCGAGAGAAGCGCUCAAGUCGUGACUCGUCGGCCAUGGCGCAGUCGUCGUCGGCGGCGAGGAAGCCCUCGGCAGCGCCAACCGUCGUCCUGACACUUGUCCUGGUCCUCGCCUCCGCGGGCCUCCUCUUCCUUCUAGUCCACCUCUCCCCUUCGUCGCCAUCCGCGCACCCGCACCCCCACCGCCGCCUCCGCCUGCGCGGGGAAAACCUCAGGCACGGAGGCGCCACCCGGCACCAGAUCCCGUUCGACCCCGUCAUCGCGGACCUCGAGCGCCGCGUCGACGACCGCGAGUGGGAGCGCCUGGCUGCCGCGGGGCUGCACGCGCCGGGCAUGGAGUCUGCCCCCGUCCCAGAGGACCUCGCGGACUACGAGGACGAGUACAUCAAUGACGCCGCGCGGUUCAACAUGACGCUGCGCGUGGCGGCUCUUUUCCCCAAGAUCGACGUGGACCCCGCCGACGACGCCGUGACGGGCGCCGAGCUGGCUGCGUGGAAUCUCGCGUCCGCGCGGCGGGAGGUGCUGCACCGCACCGCCCGGGAGCUCGACCUGCAUGACCGCGACCACGACGGCCGCGUCGCCUUCUCCGAGUACGAGAGGCCCAGCUGGGCUUGGCGGUUCGACGAUAAUAACUCAAGCAGUGAUGGGAUGGGAUGGUGGAAGGAGGGGCACUUCAAUGCUGCGGAUAUGGACGGCGACGGCUUUCUAAAUCUGACGGAGUUUAACGACUUCUUACAUCCAGCUGAUACUACCAACCCAAAGCUAAUACAUUGGUUGUGCAAAGAAGAAAUCAGGGAAAGAGACAAAGAUGCUGACGGGAAGCUCAAUUUCCAAGAGUUCUAUAAAGGAUUAUUUUACUCAGUUCGACAUUACGAUGAUGAAACUUCAACAGAUGACUCCAAUGGCUCUGAUGCACCGGCUAGAAAAUCGUUUUUACAACUUGAUCUGGAUAAUGAUGGGUUUUUGUCAGCAGAUGAGCUAAAACCUAUCAUCGGAAAACUCCAUCCAGCAGAAAACUUCUAUGCCAAGCAACAAGCUGACUAUGUGAUAUCACAGGCUGAUACAAAUAAAGAUGGACAGCUGAGUUUGAAUGAGAUGAUUGAGAACCCCUAUGUGUUUUACAGUGCUUUAUUCACAGAAGAUGAUUAUGGGUCUCAUGACGAGCUCCGGUAGUCCAUUCAAGCAGUAGGUAGUAUUGAGGACCUUUCAGAUGCUUGGUUAGACAUUGCCGAGGAUAUAUAUCUUCAAAGAUCUGUUGGCCCCAUCUACUGCUUUGCCAAGCACAUUUCACGGUGAUUUCUAUGUAUAACACAAUCGUGCAUUUCCAUACCACCUGGUUUAGCAGCAGAGCAUUCAUUUGUUACAUUAAGAGUUGUUGAAUUAGUUUUCAUCUUUUGCAUGGCAAGUUAACAUUGGUUCUUCCAUACAUAUAUUUUGGUGUGCAAAAGUAGCUUGCUGUCUAGGAUCACACUUGUAAACUAUGAAAACCAGGAAGGUGCAGCAUUCGGGCUUGUAUGUAUGUAACUGGCAUUCCUGAAACCCGUCUGUAAAGAUUGUGCAGCUAUGUAUUAUGAAACUGAUUCUGUUCUCUUC